UUGUGUCGCAUCAUGACACUAGAGGACGACAAAACCCUUCGGUUCACUGAAUGUGCACGCGGGCUGACACGAACAUCCACGAGACGUAAACACCGCGCGCUGAAGCGGGGAAUUAUGGGAUAUCUUCUCUCGGCGGCGCGGUGCCGCCAUGUCUCCUGAAGAUAAACGGCGGCUAGUCGUUAUCUCCGCUGCAGUGUUCUCUCUGUUUAUCCUUUUACUCGUUUUGAGCUAUAUACCAGCUUACUUGUACAUAAUUUUUAUCUCUGUCGUGUCUUGUAUCUUUUAUUUUCAAAAAGCGGAGGAGUUGCAGCUAUUCGAGAGACUAGGCCUCAAUCCCCGAUGUGGACUGAGCGUCCCGCCGGCUCUGCUGCGCUGGUUACCGGGCAGGACUUUGAGCGGAGUCCCUGCCUCCAGUAGAAACAAGAUCCGUAAAAGUGAUACACGUAAUUCCUUCGCAUCACCCAGCGACAGACAUAUUGCGGGUUCGUAUUAUAGAAGAGACCAUACGCUCAGUGACUCAGUGUUCAGCCCUCGGGAUAUACUCAUGGGAAGUUACCUUGCCAAGGAUGAAGAAAGUCCCUCCGCAGCGGCGAGGCCCGCUGGAGGCUCCGGGACUUUCAUUCACCCCAGAAAUCAGCUACGGGAGAGACUCGCACGGCCGAAUCAUGCUGUGCAUACCCCUAAUAGAAGACUGUCGUUCGGGGACCAUGCAGGCACAGUGAGCCGGUUCACCAUCACCCCCCACAGACAUUACCCCCUUCAGCAGACGGGGACGUCUCCCAUUGGAAUAAUGCCACCUGCAAAAUGGGAUGGGUUGCGUAAGAAGAACAUCCUCUCCCAACGCAAUUCCCCUACCAUUCACAGCCCGGUCACAGUAAAAAUCGCAAGACCAGACCCCACUCAUUCAUCAUUUUUCAAUCACCUGAACUCCCCAGGGGCUGUCACAUCACCAGGGAUUGGAGCACAGGCAGACCCCUGCUCCAGAGAGACUGUUCUGAGCGUGCUCCGAGAGAGCAGGAAGAGGGAGGUGGACGAGGAGGAAAAGAGUGCUUCCUCUGGGCAGAAGAGCAAAAGGAGGCGACACGACAGCAGUGGAAGUUCUCAGUCAGCGUUUGAGCCACCUCUUGCGAAUGGAGCUCCUUCUCAGCUCGUGCCGAAACCUGGUAGUCUGAAGAGAGGGAUAAAUUCCUCCCUCAUAGAAGAAUCUACUAUGAAGAGAUCUCGUACCUCCUCCAUCAGCUCUGUGAGUGGUGCUCCUGUUCCCAGCGGAGCGCCUGGAUCUGUCCGUAAUUCAAUUCGCAGUUCCUAUAGUUCGUCACAGGGUUACCCACAGAGAAGAACAGCAUCCAGUCUCAGUUUGUCUCCUUUCACAAGCCCUGGAGGAUCUCGCUGUCAGACUCCAGAAAGAGCUGCUAAGAAAUCAAGGGAGGAUGAUGCUACCUCGCCAAGUUCCACACCCUUAACAAAAAUUGAACAGGUGGCAACUGAUCCUGCUCCUGCUACAUCAAAACUCACUCCAAAAUCGGAGGCACCUGUUGCAACAUCAACAUCUGACUCUGGAGGCAGCAGUGGCAAACGCAAGCGCAAAAUCCAGCUGGUCACCACAAACAGAGGAGAUCAGAUAUCUUUGCCACCACCUCCUGAACUUGGCUACACAAUCACAGUGAAAGAUCUGGACAUGGAAAAGAAAGCAGCUCUCAGUCAGAUACAGAAGGUCCUGGCGGAGCCUGAACCAGAGAUCCCUCCUCCAGUGCCUGAACCUGCCCCAGCACCUGCUCCCUCUCUAAUCCUCUUUUCUCAACCAACUCCAACCUCCUCAUCUGAAACCGUACCAGUCACAAGUGCUGCCCCUUCUCUGGUUUCUCUCUCUACACCUGUCCCCGAGACUACACCAGCCACUACUACAACACCGGCUCCAAGCAUCGACCUCACUGUCACUGCACCCAGCACAGCCAGUACUGCACUGCUGACUCUCCCCUCAGCCACCUCGAUUACUACCACCCCAGCUGCCCCGACCUCCAGUAUUUCAAAUCCUCUGCUUGAGUCCCUGAAAAACAUGAAGAAUAAUCCUCUUCUUAGUGCUGCUCCUGUGCUGGGCACUACCACUGCCGCUCCAGCAGUCUCUGUUGCCAGUCUUUCUACACCUGCUGCUUCCUCAAACCCCAGCAGUUCAGUUGUCAAAACAGAGUCAGGCCCUACAGCUCUACAGUCCUCAUUCUCAACCCCGUCCUCCAUAUCAACACCUGCCUCUAAGCCAGCCACCUCCAUGCCCUCUGCCUUUGCUCAGAUCCUGGCCCGACCUCUUCAACCCACUUCCAGCUCGCCAUCCCUGGGUGGAGGAGGCAGCCUCUUCAGCCUGAUCAAACCUGUAGCCACACCUGCAACUGAGCCACCUAUAUUUACAACUGCUGCACCUACAGCCACAGCCACCCCUAGUGUAUUGGUAAACAGCAUUGGCACCCCCCUGUCAUCUGGGUUUAAGCCCAUUUUUGGAGCAGCAACUACAGCCCCAGCCUCCACGGUGGAUGUCAAACCCACUCAGCCCACAUUCAAGCCUUUAUUUGACAGUACCACAGGAAGUGGCAUUAUUGCCUUUGGGAAAACUGCCAUACCAACAACAUCAACCCCUGCAGCUCCAGCUACACAGAACAGUGGCAUGUUAUUUGGUGGAAUAACCAGUACCCAGCCAGCUACAGUGUCUGCUCCCUCUGCUACCCCUGCAUUACAAGCUUCCACCCCAUCUCUGUUUGGAAGCUGGAACACAACAACCACAUCUGCUCCUGCCUCAAACACCGCGUUCCAAUUUGGAGCCACAUCAACUACGAUCACUGCCCCUGCGUUGAGUACCAGUACAGCCAGUGCUGGUGGUACCACUUCUGCUUUUCAGUUUGGUGCUGCAAAACCUGCGCCUACCCCACAGAUGCAAAACACGUUCACAUUCGGCCAGCAGUCCAACAACCUGAACUCCACUUCCACGCCAUUUGGUGGGUUCGGCUUGACCAACAAUGCCACAGUGACCUCAGAGGCACCCACAACACAAACUACUUUUGGGAGCUCUACAUUCACAGCAUCAACAUCCUUCCCUGGUGCCUCUCAGCAGGCCCCUGCUGCUUCGAAACCCUUCACGUUUGGGUCCAGCAGUGGCAACACUGGUGCGGCACCAUUCACCUUUGGAGCAGCUGCCAGCACAGCAGCGCCUGCGUUUGGCACGAACAGUCAGCCUGCAUUCGGUGGAGCGCCUUCCACUGGCUUUUCCUUUGGAAACACCACCACCCCUUCAGUGGCUCCUGCUUUUGGGGCGUCCACACAGACUACAGCCCCUAUCCCUACCCCAGCUCCUACAUUCACUUUUGGAGGGGCCUUGACAGCCACUCAGAACCCAACACCAAGCACUCUGGCGCCUCCUGCUGCUGGAGGGUUUAACUUUGGGGCAUCGUUGUCAGGAACACCAUUUGGAACCCCUACACCUGCAGCUCAGACACCAGGGUUUUCCUUUGGAGCCAACAACACUGAUAGCAAGCCUGCUUUUGGAACUCCUGCUUUUGGCCAGGGAUCUGGAGGAAUGUCGAUGCCAUUCAGCAGUCCUGGAACCCCAGGGUUUGGUGCAAUGGCUGCCUCACCAUUUGGUGCUUCACCAGCCUCCUUCUCCAUCGGAACAGGCUCAAAGCCCUCCGGGCAACGCCGAUCACAAGCACGCAGGCAGCACCCAAGGAAGAAGUAAUGUGACUGAUUUGAGACCUGUCCCUUCAGCCAUAAUCAUCGUUGUUUGGACUCUUACUACUUCGGCUUUCCCAUCUGCCCCAGACGCUGCCACUGCUGCUAGUCCAAACAAAACAAGGCUCUCAGUCAGAAUGUGGGACUAAACUCAACUCUCCAACCCUCCAGACUGCCAGUGCUGGUCCUGCGUGAAGGAUCAAGGCUCAUAGGGGUGUAGUUUAGUGCUGGGCUGCCCCGUCCCUGCUGUUGGAUGCUGCCACUGAAACUCAUCACAUCCUUGUUAAUAGAGUCUGUAUUGGAAGAGGAUGUCUUGUGUUGGGAAAGGAUGCUGAACAGGAGCAGCGUAUUAUACUUGAAGAAACGAUAGAAAAGGAGACUUUCAAUUUUGGACUGAAACAUAAAUUGGGGUCCAGACCAGUUGAAAGAAAUUGAUUUUUAUUUUUUAUUUUAUGUUUUUGGUUGAGAGACUGCAAGUAAUAAGAUGCACGUUAUUUUAGAUCAAGUAUUUUUUUUUUUUCUUGCAGUUAGCCUUCAUUUGUCAUGCUUUUGAUCAUUGACUGACAUGCUUACCAGAGUUUUCUCAAGAUGCGUUUUGGUAAGCCUUCAAAAGUAAAUAUUUUACCUGUUUCAUUUAAGAAAUGAAAAGAUGUUUUUGCCUGAGUGAGUGAAUUGAGCUGUGUAAUAAACAGAAUAUUUUUUCAAUGCUUUUUCUGCAUGUUCCUUUAGGAAAAGCACCGAUUAUGGAAAGAUCGUUUCCAUUUUCUGAUAUUUAUUAUAUUUCAUACAUUGGACUUGUCUGUUUAAAACCAAAGCUGAUGUUUUAGUACAACAUGCUCAUCUCUCUGUCAUCAUCUGUGUGCUAUUGGCUGUUUUACUACCUCUCCACUUUAAAUGUGUACCUGUGAGCCGGUUGAACUUUUACUAUAUUCUGUCUUUUUUUUUUUUUUUUUUUCAGUCUAAAGCCUCAUUUUAUUUUCAAUUGACAAUUAUGCUGAGAGUAAUUAAAAUCGGCACUUAUAUACAUUUAAGCAAAACCAUCUUAUAACUGUUGCGUCAGCUAUCAGUUUGUAUUUGGCUGUCAGGUGUUCCAUGUAACUCUCCACACUGUAGCCAUAAUUAUCAAAAACAAUUUAAUAAUUUCCUGCAGUUUUUUUUUUCUUUCAUUGCUCUUUGUGCCUUAGUGUGUUUUGCUUCUGGUUACAUAUUAAGAAUGAUGUCGGAUUUGUACUUGGUGACAUGGAUGCCUGUUCUUUCAUAAUGAUGUGCAAGUAGACUUGUUAUGAUUUCAAAGAACAUGAUCUCAUGGCUACUUAUUUUUGAUAAUUUACUUGAGAGUUUUGAUCAGAUUUAAAACUGGCCUCCUGACUCUAUAGAAGUGCAGCUUUUGAGUAAAAUAACAUGUGGGUGAUCAAAAAUGUGUGCAUUUCAGGAGAAUCGAGUAAUAUUCAGUAAUGAAAACAGCAAUGGUUUAAAAAUUUUCAUUCAAACAUUUGGUUUAAUCUAAAGGCCUAAAAUGCAUUUUGUAUUUAACUUUAAGUUUUGGUUUUGAUUAUUUUGCAUGUACAUUCUGUAUGAACCAUUCCUGGCUCUGUAUGACUCUUAUGGUUUGUGCAUGCUUGUGAUGUGUGUUAAAAUACUAAGAUAUAGCAAAUACUCGGCCUCUGAUAGAAAUGGCAUGCCUUAAUGCUCUUGAAACAGCAUUAAGACAUGCAAACAGCAACUAUUGCAAAAUGCAGUCAAGAAGUUAGUUGACCAAUGACACCCUUAGAAUUGAAGUCUUACCAUUUUCUCAGGUCUGUUCAGUGAAAGUAGACAGAGCUGUCGUAUGACUUAUUUGGUCAUUUUCUGUUUUCAGUGUGCUGUAUAUCCAUAAAACACUGGAUUUAAUUAGUACUACAAUGCACAGAUAAUGGAAGCACAAGCACCAUUUCUUAUAUACAUGUUUGUUGUAUUGUUCACCCCUCAAUAUUGUUCUGGCCUGGUCAACACAUUAAUGGACAUAACUGGGGAUGUUUACUUUUUAACAUAAACAAUGAUGUAAUCAUCUGGCUCUAUUGCAUGGUGUUCCUCAUGUAGGUCUUAAUUUUUUAUUUUAUUUUUUCUAUAUUUAAUUUUUUCUUCUUGCUCCCAGAAUAAUGGGAAGGUGGCAGGGGGCCAGGCUUUCCUCUAUCUAGAAAGUCCUACCAAAUGAAAACAAAACUUGUAGACUGUUGAUAAAAUGAGAUUUGUGUUGAAAUGAGAGCUGGAUUUCUCAAGCUGUGAAUGUUUGAGAGCUGUGUUUUAUGUAGUUAUAUAUUUUUGUUUUAAGUGGAUGCUCACAGUUUGUGUGUAAAGACCAUUCCCACUAACCCUAAAAGAGUUGAGUGGAGUUUUGAAUGGAGCAGCACACUGAGUGUGUUCUAUGUCUGCUUAAAUGCUCUGAUAAUGACAUGCUAGUUUUGAAUAAAAAUGUAAAGUUGA